AUGUCGUCGGCGCUCUCGCGUUCGAACGAGGCGAACGCUGCGUCGCAGCUCGAAGAGCGGUUCGCCGCCGUGCGUGAGCACGACGCGAUCGACGAGCGCAUGGGUUUCGGACGCCUGGACCAGGGCGAGACGAAGCAGGCAUGGCUUGUGAAUAUGCAUCCGACGCUCAUUGCGGAUGAGCAACAUCCGGGCGGCAAGUCGGGUGUGGACUACUACUUUAUCCAGGACGAUGCGUCCAUGUUCAAGGUGACGAUCGUCUACCAGCCCUACUUCCUGGUAGGAUGCUACGCAGGAACCGAGUCGGUGGUCGAAGAGUGGCUGAAGCGCCGCUUCGAAGGCAUCGUGCAUUCGGUCGAGCGGAAACAGGUCGACGACCUGAAGCUCGCCAACCACCUCAUCGGCAACCAGCGCAUCGUGCUCCAGCUGCGCUUCCAGAACGUACACGACUUGCUUGCCGUGCGCCGCGAGCUGCUGCCGCUUGCUGAAAAGGCGCAGCGCGAGGUGUCGGCCGUGGAAGCCUACGCAAAUGUCCUGCAGGACUCGAGCGCGUCGGGUGACAUGCCCGAGUUCCAUGUGUCGCUGGACGAUGCGCCGCGCUCGGGGCCGCAGAAGCACGCACGCUCGGGCGGUCGGAGUCCGGAGCAGUGCGUUGUGGCACUGUUCGAAUACGAUGUGCCGUACUACCUCCGUGUGGCAAUCGACAACAACAUUCGUGUUGGACUGUGGUACGAUGUGCGCUUCAUCGAGGGUAUCGUCGAGUUGCAGCCGGUGCCGGAGCGCGUGAAGCGUGCCGACCCGGUAGUGAUGGCGUUCGAUAUCGAGACGACCAAGCAGCCGCUCAAGUUCCCCGACGCAGAGUCAGACGUCGUGAUGAUGAUCUCGUACAUGAUCGAUGGCCAGGGAUUCCUCAUUACCAACCGUGAGGUGAUCUCGGAAGACAUUGACGACUUUGAGUACACGCCCAAAGACGAGUACGAGGGGCCGUUUAUCAUCUUUAACGAGCCGGACGAGGUGUCGCUUCUGCGCCGCUUCUUUGGCCACGUCCAAGAGGCGCGGCCGACCGUCAUUGCGACGUACAACGGUGACUCGUUCGACUUUCCGUUUGUCGAGACGCGCGCCAAGAUGCACGGGCUGGACAUGCAGCAGGAAAUCGGGUUUGCGAUGGACUCGGACAACGAGUUCAAAAGCCGCCACUGCGCGCACCUGGACUGCUUCCGGUGGGUGAAGCGUGACUCGUACCUGCCGCAGGGCUCGCAGGGUCUCAAGGCCGUGACCGUCGCCAAGCUCGGCUACGACCCGAUGGAACUCGACCCUGAGCUCAUGACACCGUACGCCUCUGAGCAGCCCCAGACCCUCGCACAGUACUCGGUUUCGGAUGCGGUCGCGACGUACUACCUCUACAUGAAGUAUGUGCACCCUUUCAUCUUCUCGCUGUGCAACAUUAUUCCGCUGAACCCCGACGAGGUGCUGCGCAAGGGAUCCGGCACGCUCUGUGAGACACUGCUCAUGGUUCAGGCGUACAAAGGCGGUAUUCUCAUGCCGAACCGCCACCAGGACCCGAUCGGCAAUACGUACGAAGGCCACCUGCUCGAGUCCGAGACCUAUGUCGGUGGUCACGUCGAGGCGCUUGAGGCAGGCGUCUUCCGCAGUGAUAUUCCCACCGACUUCCGCCUGGAGCCAGAAGCGCUGCAGACGCUUAUUGAUGAGCUCGACGGUGCGCUGGAAUUUAGCCUGCGCGAAGAAGGCAAGAUUGCGCUCGAAGACGUCGAGAACUACGACGAGGUCAAGAGCGGCAUCCAAAAGAUGCUCGAGGAGCUCCGUGACCAUCCCAUUCGCCAGGACAAGCCGCUAAUCUAUCACUUGGACGUCGCCGCGAUGUACCCCAACAUCAUGUUAUCCAACCGGCUGCAGCCGGACUCGGUCGUGGACGAGGGAACGUGUGCGUCGUGCGACUACAACCGCCCUGGUAUGCAGUGCGACAAACGCAUGAAAUGGGCAUGGCGUGGCGAGUACUUCCCUGCGAAGCGCGACGAAAUCAACAUGAUUCAGCACGCGCUGGACAUGGAGACUUUCCCUGCCAAGGACCCGCGCGGAAAGCCACGCAAGUUUGCCGAGCUGAGUCCCUCGGAGCAAUCCGCACUGCUCCAACGCCGUCUCGCAGACUACAGCAAGAAGGUGUACAAGCGUGCCCACGAUACCAAGACGGUCGUCCGCGAGGCGAUCAUCUGCCAACGCGAGAAUCCCUUCUACAUCAACACGGUGCGCGACUUCCGUGAUCGUCGGUACGAGUACAAAGGCCUGCACAAGACCUGGAAGAAGAAUCUCGACAAGGCACAAGGCGCCGGCCUGCUUGCGGACACGCUCGAGGCGAAGAAAAUGAUUGUGCUGUACGACUCGCUGCAGCUGGCGCACAAGUGUAUUCUGAACUCGUUCUACGGCUAUGUCAUGCGCAAAGGUGCGCGUUGGUACUCGAUGGAGAUGGCCGGUAUCACUUGCUUGACCGGUGCGACAAUCAUUCAGAUGGCCAAGGAGUUGGUAGACCGUAUCGGUCGCCCUCUCGAGCUGGACACGGAUGGUAUUUGGUGUAUGCUGCCUGGCACCUUCCCCGAGAACUUUACGUUCAAGUGUAAAGGCGGCAAAAAGUUCGGUGUGUCGUACCCCUGUACGAUGCUCAACUACCGUGUGCACCAGCGCUUUACCAACCACCAGUACCACGACCUGGUCGACCCCAAGACGGGCGAGUACUCGGUGCACAGCGAGAACAGUAUCUUUUUCGAGCUCGACGGCCCGUACCGCGCAAUGAUUCUCCCGUCGAGUAAGGAGGAGGACAAGCUGCUGAAGAAGCGCUAUGCCGUCUUUAACGAGGAUGGUUCGCUAGCCGAGUUGAAAGGUUUCGAGGUCAAGCGCCGCGGUGAGCUGCAGCUCAUCAAGGACUUCCAGAAGCAGAUCUUUGGCAAGUUCUUGCUCGGUGAUACACUCACGAGCUGCUAUGCGGCCGUGGCGCACGUCGCCGACCAGUGGCUCGAUGUGCUCUACUCGAAGGGCUCGACGCUCCACGACGAGGAGUUGAUCGACCUUAUUGCGGAGAACAAGAGCAUGUCCAAAAUGCUCAGUGAGUACGGCUCGCAAAAGUCGACGGCUAUUACCACCGCACGCCGUCUCGCCGAGAUCCUCGGUCAGCAGGUCGUGAAAGACAAAGGUCUCGCGUGUAAGUUUAUUGUGUCCGCCAAGCCGUACGGCGCCCCGGUCACGGACCGCGCAGUGCCUGUCGCGAUCUUUAACGCGGAGCAGCCGGUUAAGGAGCACUUCUUGCGGCGCUUCCUCAAGGACAGCAGCAUCACCGACUUUGAUCUGCGCAGUAUCCUCGAUUGGAACUACUAUAUCGAGCGUUUUGCCGGUGUGAUCCAGAAGCUCAUUACGAUCCCGGCGGCGAUGCAAAAGGUGCCGAACCCCGUGCCGCGUGUGCGCCAUCCCGACUGGCUCCUGAAGCGUGUCGCGGCGCGCACCGACAAGCAUACGCAGGUCAAGCUCGCGACGCUCAUGCAGGGCGACGCGAUACGCGAGCGGACCAAGGCGCCGGUGCCCAAGGCCGCACCGGUCGUCGAGGCGCCGCCGCCUCUGCCGGAUGUGCCGAGCAUGGAUGAGGACUACCCUGGCUAUGUGCGUGCGAUGCGCGUUCGCUGGCGUAUGCAACGUGCUGCACGCCGCGAGAACCGCUCGGCAGGCGCGAGCGCCGGCACGCUCAAUGCUAUGAUCCAGCAGCGCAGCGGUGCGAUGGCCGCGUCGGCGUGGGACGUCGUUCAGCUGUGCCCCACCGCUCGCCCGGGCGAGUAUCGGCUGUGGGUGUACGUCGCACGACAGCUGCAGUGCCUCAAGCUGCACAUUCCCCGCGAGCUGUACGUCAACUUCAAGUUGCCACCGGCGCAGAAUGCCUUCCUGUCGUCGUACGUUGUUGAGCCGGUCGCACGUACGCUCCCCCGCGGCGCCGCAUGCAAGCACCUGGUCAAGAUCACGGUGCCCGAGUCGGUGUACGUUGCGGAAGAGGCGCAUUUUUCGACGCUUCUCAACCACCCCAACGUCGAUGGCGUGUACGAGCAGCAUGUCCCCCUUGACGUGCGUGCGAUGCUGCAGCUUGGUUCGUCGUGUGCCCUGCAAAAGAGCAGCGCGACGCGCCUUUCGCAUGCGCUCGACGCCGGCUUUGCGCUCGCGGACCUCGCGCACGUUGCUGUGCCGAGUGCGUCGUAUAUGCUCGGCGGCCGUGCGCUGCGCCACCUGUACCUCUACCACGCCGCGCUGGACCGUCGGCACGUCUUUGUCCUGGUGGCCACCGACGGCACGACGCGCGUGCACCUUGUCGACUCGGCGGGCCUGCGGCAGUGGCCGAGUGCCGAGGGCUUGUACGCCGAGCGCCUGGACGCGAUGCAGCGCUCCAAGCGCGUCGUGCAAGGCCAAGGCGCGUUUGACUACCCCUCUGCGCUGCACUGCGACGUCCAGGUGCACACGACCGAGGGUCGUGCCUUCCGUGCGCUUGCCAAAGACAUCAAGGAGCUGCGUACGGCAAAGCAGGGACCGGUGCAGCUUUCGAUCUGCUCCUCGCGCCCGUACGCCUACUACGACCAGCACCUGCAUGUUGGCAGCGAGCUUCCGGUGCUCAUGAUCCCUGCGGCGCGCCACGACGAUGCGCUGCCCGCGCUCGGCUGGCAGCUAUACGCUGCACGCCGCUUUGUGAACUGCUACCUGCGCACUGCGGCGUGGAUCGAGCGCUGGAUCGAGCUUGCAGCGCACCUCGACGUGCCGUUGUGCAACAUGCCGCGCGACUUUGCCGUGUUUGGCAGCGACAUGGACUUUGCGCGUCGUAUGCUGCAGAACGACAUGGUCCUCUGGUGGUCCAACAGCCCUCGCCCCGACCUCGGCGGCCGUGAGCACGACGCGCAUGCCGGGCAUGCCGACGAGCUCGAGACGCUCGAGAUCUCCAACGCGGGUGCGUACAGCAACGUGUGUCUCGAGGUGGGCCUGUCGGACCUGGCCCUGGACGUUGUCCUGCAGUAUGCGUCGGUGAAUGCGAUGGAAGGCGCAGGCGGUGCCUCCCUUGCGCUCGAGUCGUCGUCGCACACACUGGACGAGUACGCGCACGGCGACGUCCCCCUCAGUGCGGACCUCGGCGACGCGGUGCUCACUGCGCAGACCUUUUCGACGGUGCGCGCGAUGGUCAAAGCGUGGCACGUGGAAAAGACGCGCGGGCAGUCGACGUACGGCGCGCUCCUCGCCGACAACUUUUGGCGUUGGGCGUGCAGCUCGCGCUCGGCCCUGUUUGAGCCUGCACUGCAGCGUUUCCUGCAGCGCCUUAUGCGCAAGACGCUUCUGCAGCUCCUCGCCGAGUUUAGGCGUCUCGGUGUGAGCGUCGUGUACGCGAGCUACACGCGUCUCUUUUUGCUCACCAACAAGCCGACUGCGGGCAGCGCCGCGGCGUUUGGACGCUACCUGAUGAGCGCAGUGACGAGCCGUGAGCUAUUCAAGCACCUUACGCUCAACAUUGUGCACUUCUGGGAGUACCUCGUCUUUCUCGAUAUUGCCAACAUGGGCGGUGUGAUUUGCCACGAGCCCGAUGCGGUCGUGCCUGUUGAGCAGUUUGACAUCGAGAUGGCGUGGAACGUGCAAGAAUUUUUGCCGGUCGCGCUCCAAGGCCGAUUCGCCAAGCUCGUCGGUCUUUACAUCUACGACCUCUACACGGCGAAGCGCGCCACGACUGCCAAGCAGCAAGGGCGCCCGGUGAUGCGCACGCUGCCGACCAACGCCCCAGACAAUGCCAACUGGCUCCCUGGCAACACCAAGGAGGACGAGAAGGAAGAGGCAGAGACGACGCACCUCGACGACGUGCGCAAGAUUAUUUCGCACGCCAUGACGCGCCGUCUGCUCAAGGCCGUGCAGGACGUGCAGGCAGAGUAUAAGCUCGCGCACACGGCGCCCGAUGGCCUCGCGCCAUGGGCGUUCCCGGUGCUCCCGGGCUCGCACCUGCCUAUGACGAAUCCCGCGUUGGAAUUCAUCAAGUCCACGACGCGCGUGCUCGCCUUGCACCGCGAGUGUGCACUCGAGGCGCAGGUAUGCAAGCGCAACCUCCUCGACCUGAUCGGCGUGCGCGAGUUUGCGCCGGCCGCCGAGUGGCGCAACCCCUGCCUGAGCUUCCGCCUGCCGUGGGUCAUCUGCCAGUUUUGCAACGACGACCGCACGCUCGACCUGUGCCGCGACGCGGACCUCGUCGCAAGUGCUGCACAGAGCCCUCGGGAAUGGCGCUGCUCGCGCUGCGACUUCCCGUACGACCGCACGGCGAUCGAGAUGCGCCUCAUUCAGAUCGUCCAGCAGCAUGUCGCGCAGCACGCCGUGCAGGACGUGCACUGCGUGCGCUGCAAGCGCAUGAAGACCAGCAACCUCGCAUCCUACUGCCAGUGCUCCGGCGCAUGGCAGCACAAGAUAAACCCGGAAGACACCAUGCGGCGCCUGCAGCAGGCGCGCGCCAUCGCCGAGUUCCACGCCUUCCCCUUGCUCCACGCGACGCUCGCGCACCACCUCGCGGUGAUAUAG